CUCUCUCUCUCUCUCUGCAAUGCAUGAUGAUGGUUGUUGCACAUAUAUAUAUAUAUAUAUUCAUGCAUGGACGCAUACAUGUAUACACACAUGGAUUUUCCUAAUCCUUACGUUAUCCUCUCUCAUCGUUCCCACAAAUUUCUCUCCUCAGAUAUAUUCAAAACCAACAAUAAUGGUAAUAACAACAAUCCAAUCCUGUACGGCGAUGGGUUUAAUCAAAGGCGACCUCAUUAUCAUAUCCAACAUGGAAUUCUCCUUUUUAUCCCCUAUAUUUAUCUCCUUUUAAAACUGUUUCUCUUCUACACAAUAACAGAGCGGAGGGUAUCAAGGCAUUUGGAAAUUUUCUAUCCAUCAAUGGAUUUGACUGAAUGAAUGAAAAAUUUGUAUUUUACCAUUCACACGGGGAGAGGAAAGAAAGUUGGCAUCAAGAUCAAAUUUUGGGUUGACGACUGCUGAAUCUCUUCUAGAUGGUAUUGCUGUUGCACCAUUCAUGUUAUCAAAGCCCAAUAGCCAAGACUCAUACGAGGUGACAAAAUAGAACCAGGUUGAUUCAAAGUCCAAGCCAUUUAAUCACCAAGAUUAACCAAUGGGUCAUAUUUUAGAUGAGCUGCAUGUCAUCAUCAGGACCAAGUGAACCUACAGAAAUGUAUCUGGUUGCCGAUAGUACUACCUGUUCAACCUCUAACUAACCGGAUGAUACAAAAAAAGUGUAACAAAUAACACAAAAUAGUGUCAAUUUACCUCAUAAUUUUCCAUCCCGACCUAAAUAGAUGGAUCCAAUUUCCAAAACUUAUGCAAAUUCAGAUAAUAAUCCAUGCCCAUUGCCAAGUCCAAAUAUGCACAUUGCAGAUUAUCCAAUUUCCAAAGCGGACCUAGUUGCAAAGGCUAGCAAUUCUGCUACUAAUCCAUGGCCAUUGCCAAGUCCAAAGACAUUUGCAAAUUCUGAACUCGUAAAAGCAACAUCAACAGGGAUAGCAGCAGCAACACCAGAAAAUGUGAAGGCAAGUGAUGCUAAGGGUAGUCAACUAGUUGCCAAUUUCGGCCGAGGGAGCAGCAAUGGCGCCCGUAGUGACAGCUUAGAGAGCUCCAGUGCAACCCUUAAGCCCCAUACCGGUGGUGAUGGUCGAUGGGAUGCCAUUAACUUGGCUUCUUCCAAAGAUUCCCCUCUUGGUCUUAGCCACUUUAGGCUCUUGAAGCGGCUCGGAUAUGGAGACAUAGGAAGUGUCUAUCUUGUUGAGCUCAGAGGAACCAACACCUACUUUGCCAUGAAAGUCAUGGACAAGGGGUCUCUUGCAAGCAGAAAUAAGCUUCUUCGAGCUCAAACAGAAAGGGAGAUCCUUGGUCUUCUUGACCACCCAUUUCUACCUACUUUAUAUUCAUAUUUUGAGACUGAAAAGUUUUAUUGCUUGGUCAUGGAAUUCUGCAGUGGAGGUAAUCUUUACACUCUUCGUCAAAAGCAACCAAACAAGUAUUUCACUGAGGAAGCUGCUAGGUUCUACACUUCAGAGGUGUUGUUGGCACUUGAGUAUCUGCACAUGCUGGGCAUUGUGUACAGAGAUCUGAAGCCAGAAAACGUACUAGUAAGAGAUGAGGGUCAUAUCAUGCUCUCUGACUUUGAUUUAUCACUUCGUUGCUCUGUUAGCCCAACUCUUGUCAAGUCUUCGUCUGUCCAUGUAGGCAAUGGGAGUGGUGGCAUUUUGGAUGAUGAAGACGCAGUCCGUGGUUGUAUCCAACCAUCAAAUUUUUUCCCCCGCAUCCUUGCUACAAAGAAGAAUCGCAAAUCUAAAUCGGAUUUUGGACUCUUUGUUGGAGGCUCUCUCCCAGAACUAAUGGCAGAGCCUACCAAUGUGCGCUCAAUGUCAUUUGUUGGAACCCAUGAAUAUCUAGCCCCAGAGAUCAUACGUGGAGAGGGUCAUGGUAGUGCAGUGGACUGGUGGACAUUUGGCAUUUUCUUAUAUGAGUUAUUGCAUGGGACAACCCCCUUCAAAGGUUCUGGCAAUCGUGCCACACUUUUUAAUGUUGUAGGCCAGCCAUUAAGGUUCCCUGAAACUCCACAAGUGAGUUUUAUGGCACGUGAUCUGAUACGGGGACUCUUGGUGAAGGAACCGCAUAAACGGAUUGCAUACAAAAGGGGUGCAACAGAAAUAAAACAGCACCCAUUCUUUGAGGGUGUGAACUGGGCUUUGGUGAGGAGCGCCAUGCCUCCCUACAUACCUGAGCCUGUGGACUUCGGGCAUUUUGCUAGUAAAGAGACGGCUCAUGCAGACAAGAAAAUGGCAGAAAUUGGAGCCGAUACAAACAAGAAUAGUCCUAAUGAUUCUUUAUAUGUUGAUUUUGAGUACUUUUAGCAAUUUGGACUACUUGAAUGGUAAUGCACAUUGUCACAGUGUGUUAUACAAAAAGCAAAAUGACAAUUCAAUAUGAUUGCUGAGAAUACUUUGAAGAAAGAAUUUGUGAAGGCAAUAAAUUGUCAGUUUGGUUGCUAGCUGCAAAGAGGAUAAUAUAUUGUAUUUGCAGGGCGGAUUUUUUCUCUUCUUUUUUUAGUAUAUUUUGUUAUAUGAUUUUAUGAAGCACAUGCGCA